AUGACUGCGUUGCACAGUGUGGCCAAAACACCCGCGAUCAAGGAAGAGGAGGAGGACGGCGACGAGCGGGCCGGUGGGGGGAUGCCCCUGGGGCCCAAGAACCAUGACUACCGAGGCAUGGAUGGCGAUGGUGAUGGCGAAGGUGAUGCAGACACGGUGACGUCUCCCAUCACGUUCGAGAAGCAGAAGGUGGUGCCCAGGACAUCGGCACACUCGGAACAGAGCAUUUUGAGUAGCAUCUCGCUCAAGUCGAUGGUGAACCAGCACCGGCAGCAGGAAGGCUCGACGGGUGCUGGAGCCGGGGCCGGGACUGGGACUGUGAAUGGGACUGGGACUGGGAAUGGGAGUACGACUGCGUCGCACUCCCAUUCUGCGUUUGUUGACAGGAAGCAGCAGAUCCAGUCGCCGGCGAUGGUGUCGAUAUUAAGGAAGAGUUGUACGGAGGAGAAUGUCCGCAGCAGUCACAGCAGUCAAGCUGGCGACGGUAUGGGAGACGGCAGGAAGCCCUCGAGCGGCAAGGAGAUUGGGAGGAGGUUGCCCUUCACGGACGACCAGCGGUCGAACCCUGAGUUGGACCCGACCCGUGAUGUGGUAGAUGCCGCCAGGAACAAGAAGAAGAGCAAAGCUGUGUUCAGCGAGCCGGAAAACGAUGCAGACGAGGACGACGAGGUGCGCCAGAAGAAUUUGACCACGCAGGCGCUGCGGAAGCUGUCGUCGUUCAAGAUGAACGCCAGCUCCAACCUGCGGUUGAGUAGCGACACCAGGGCGAGGGAGUCCUCGUCCUCGUCAACGUCGUCCGUGUCUUCGUCGUCUGCAUCAGUGCCCAAAACCGAGUAUAUCGCUGACAAGCUCACCACAACGAAUUCCAAUUCCAUGACCCAACUGAGAUUCGGCAAUAAGAACGUGAUCAUCGACUCGGUGAACCACGCGGCUGCUGCAAAGCCACCGCAUCAGCAGAUGCUAAGAAAGCCCUCGCUGGAGUUCUUGCCACAGCCCGCCUCGACCUCCAACCUGAACUUCAACUCUAAUAGGAACAAGUCAACUGUAAGACAGAUUAACAACCCAAAAAAACCACUGUACAUCCCUGCUGUGCUAAGAAAAGUAUCGGAGACGAACAUAACCAAUGACGACUUACUGAACGCCACGUUGUCAUCUUACUACAAAAAGGCCUCGAAUUUGGACAACAACUUGUCUCCAAAGGCGCCCCAGUCAGCCAGCGCUCAGAACGCGAACAAUCUGAGGAUCAUAUCGUCGCAAUCCAGCGUGCAAUCAAACACGUCGUCGAUCUUGGAAAACUACAAAAACAAGAUAUCUUCGUACCUGUUCCCCAACUCCAUCCCGAACAACAACAGAAUCAACCUAAUACCCACCAUCUCGAACAGAAACUCCUCCAGAGUAAACCCGCCCACUAUGGACCACUGGAUCCCGGACAGCAAGCGGAACUCAUGCCGCUACUGCCACAAACCAUUCACUCUGUGGGAAAGAAAGCAUCAUUGUAGACACUGCGGGGACAUCUUCUGCCAGAACCACCUGCGCCACUGGCUGUAUCUGGACUCACAGGCGAACUUCAUAAUGAUUAACGAGCUGAGUCGUGGUGGCCUCAACGACGGCGGCACGUUGUGCAAGAUAUGCGACGACUGCCUGGUCGAGUACGAGAACCUCUCCAGUUCUAAUCCUAGUGCAAACGAGACCAAUAACAACAACGGCAACAACGGCAACAGCGACGGCGCCAACAAUGAAGACGAAAGCGAUAAUAGGAAGAAGGUCCGCAACUACUACAAGAACAGACAGAUGAACUCUCUUUUCAGGCCAAGAAAGGGCGCUCCGGCCCAACCCCAUGUCGGGGUCGACCAGGACACGAUAACGCCCAUCCAGGUGAGAUCGUACGAGGACGACACGGAAAACGAGAAUGCUGGGGAAGAAGAAGAGGAAGGAAACGAUGUUCUGGGCAGCGUGAUCGGCUCUGUGCCUGCAAACUGGAACUGGAGCAGUUUCUAA